AUGGGUUGGUUCGAUAACGACAGCGAUCAGGCCCAGGCCUACGACCAAUUCCAAUCCUAUAAUGGUAGCGAGGAGCACAAGGCAAAGCUCAGCCAUGAGCUGAUUGCGGGUGCUGCUUCGUUCGAGGCGGCCAAGGCUUAUGAGGAACAUGUGGCCCGCAACGGCCAGCCGGAAAGUCAUGCCAAGGCGAAGGAGAUUCUUGCUGGCUUCGCUGGUGCCUUUAUUGAUCGUGAGUUCGAGACCAAGGGGCUCGAUUUCAUCGACCGGGAAGAGGCCAAGAGACAUGCCGAGAGACAGUUGUCGGAUGCUUCCUACCAGGACUACUAG